AAUCAAAUUGAUGAUGGAUUGUACGUCGUUGGAUGUAAUUCAACUUUCUUUGCAUGCAUUGGUGGCCAGAAGUUGAUGAUGCGUUGCCCUGGUCUUCAAAAAUUUGAUGCUGGUUUACUGAAAUGUUUGCCUCAGGUAUGUUUUCUAGUGCCGCUCUCUAUAUUCAUAGAUAUAACGUCGAAACAAUAUGUACAAGAAUGCAUUCAAACGCACAAGGAGUUGGGAAUUCAGGAACUAAAAUUCGCAACAUUUGAAAUUAAAGAUAUUCAAGAAGGAUUGCUUCAUUUGCACCCAAUAGAUGCACCAUUCAAUGCGUCAUUAUCUGCUGAUUUUGGAGAAGUUUUUCCAUUCGCUCCCUUUGUGUCAUCUUGCAUUGGUAUACCUGACGGAAAAUAUGCUCGAGGAUGUUCAGAGAAGUUCAUUUCAUGCAUGAAUGGUCGAAUGAAACUACACAAAUGUCCGAGUAGUUUGUUGAAAUUUGACUCCACCACUCAAAGAUGCUUGCCAGUGGUUAAUUUUAAAUUUUAUCUUUUCAUAAUACUAAAAGAUUUAAAAAAAAUAAAGAACAUGAAAGCUUGUGGUGGCAAUUAUAUUGCAUCAAAAUUAAAACCACAAAAACAACUUAAAAAGGCUAUAUCAUUACAAUAUCCACGACUGACAUGUGAAAAACAAGCGGAUGGAAAAUAUGCAACCGGCUGCUCUCCACAAUUUAUUGAGUGUAACAGGAACGAAGGAUCAGUAUUCCGCUGUCCUGGUUCCCUAAUUUUUGAUGCCCAAACGGAACGAUGCCUUCCAGCUGUAUGUAGCCUUCUACUUUUUUUAUCUAAAAAAUGCAACUGA